ACCUCGUGCACUUAGAAGGAGACGAGCAUACGCACGCUCGACGGGAGAACACGAGAGAGCAGCUCGGGCAGAGUGCAGCUGAGGGGCGCACGGAUCCACGGAGCCUCCUCGCUCGCCUCGUGGUGAAACGCGCGUCGCUCUCUAGAAAGUUUUUUUCCUGCAUUUUUUCCCCCCCGUCGUCAUCCUCGUGUUUACUUGCCUUUCCUCGCGCUGCAAUCUGGGAAUCGAGCGGGAACUGUUGCUCCGGUGACGACGAGGAGGAGGACAUCGGGCAGCGACGGCGGUCGUGGCGGCACGUGAACGGAUAUUCUCGGUCGUACGAUUUGCGGAGCGGUUAUUAGUUGGCGAGACGAUCGUUGAACUUGGAGAUGACUAACUAGGCCUGUCGUAACAAAGAGAGAGAGAGAGAGACGUUAGAUAUGUAGCCCGCUACUGUGUCGCCUAGUGCUCUGCUAAACUUAGUUACGCAUGAUGCCAACGAACCUUGCAAGAGGAUGCGCAAGGUCCAGUCCCUUAUCGCCUCUGAACACUCUUUCUAAGAUGCUGUAUUUUCAUUUCGUGCGCAGGCAGCCCUUACUUCCAGAAUGGCGCGCGGACAGCAGAAGAUACAGUCUCAAGCCAAGGCGGCUGAGAAAACCGCGAAGAUGAAGAAACAGCAAGGGCACAGUGCCAACGACCAGAAGAAGGCCGCACAGAAAGCACUGGUGCAUGUGUGUAGCGUGUGCAAGGCCCAAAUGCCAGAUCCUAAAACGUACAAGCAACACUUCGAGAAUAAGCAUCCUAAGAACGAGUUACCGGACGACUUGAAGAAUAUAUGAGGGUACAAACUGUUGUAACGUGGACGAUUGGAGUAGCCAGGAGGGAAGGGGGGGGAGCGCAGGAAAAUAACGAUUCGCUGCAACUGACAAAGUGAUGUAGUGAUUCAACAUUCAUCUCUGAUCAUUGCAUAGUUUCAAAAGAAAAAGCAAAACAAAAAGAAGAAUGAAUUAAACCUUGUUAGUGUUUUUAAACUAAUCUCUAUCGCACUCGAAUGAAUCGUUGGUCGAUGCGACUCAGAAUGUUAGACGCGAUUGCUUAUGGGAGAUAUCGUCUUGGUUUGUAAAAGUUGACAGUUUUCAUAUGAACCAUGCAGUCAAUACUUUUCGCAUAAGCAUAACUACAUCUGAUUCUGUGUACAUUUCUAAAAUAAAAUUCACUUGACCGUGAAGUCCUGAAGAGAGGAUUAUAUAUAUAUAUAAAUAUACAUAUGUAAGAAUGCGAUAGCUCGUAAUCUCCUGUUUUUGUUAAAAAGAGAGAGAAAAAAAUAUAUAUAGAGAGAGAGAGAGAGUGGAAUGAGAUUGACAGAUAUUAAAUUAUUUUGCGUACGUUUGAAGCGGAGGACACGCUGCGUAAUGAUUCUAUUACAGACAAUUAUAAAUUGCUCACACCGAAAACCCGAGGAAUAUUUCGUGUCUUUGUUGCAUUUAAACGUCGACGUAUGUUAAUGUUAAUGGCUUUGCGAAAGCAGUUCUUCGAGUUACGAGAUUGAGUGACUCGGAGGGGAUCUUUAACUGUGUACAACUGCCAAUUUAUAAUUAAUUGUAUCAUAUUGUGCUCUUUGAAAUAAGAAGAAUGUAUAGUCAAAUGUGAAAA